AUGGAGUUCGAUCGUAUUCUCGACGUGUUUGGCGGCUGUCUAUGCCCAGAGGAGUACCGCAGGAGCUUCGAUGACAUUGAACAGAAGAUUUCGGAUAUGGACGCGAAUUCCAACGACCACCUCCUCUUAAGAGCAGUCUUCGCUGCGAUGAAGGGCAACUUCAAGGCCUCCGACGACUGCUUUCAAAAAUUGCGCACUCUGGGAUGCUCUGAGGUCUUUCGCGCGCGCGUUAGCCAUUACGUCUUCUUCUGCAAACAGAUGGCCCGACACCCGCCAGCGCUACGGUUUCGAGAGGAGAUGGGCUCUUUUACAGCCAUUAUCAAUGAAACUCGUCUGGGGAUCGCGGCAGCGACGCAAGACAUGCAGUCCUCUCGACAGGGCGUAGAGUUGUCGCCACUCCAAACCUUGGAGUGUGACAUUCUGGAAGCAUUCUGGCAAAUCGGGUGUUUCUGGCCCAAACUUGGACGCAUGAACCACCCAUUUUACCCCGAUACUGCUCUCGCUAUGCGGUCAAGAGAGAUCGCGAAAAGCUGUUCUUUCGACAGCCUCCGAGUCUCGGCCACUCGUGCUGGGAGGGCCGGCCUCUACGACCUCGAGAGGCAUUGUCAUAAUCUCGCUCUCGAAUGCUACUUUGGGCAUCACGCGUGUGGGCGAGAAGACGCAAGAGCCGCUGCCGACAGUCUCCUGGCCAAAUGCCGAGAGACCCACGAUCGUGUCGGGAUCGCACUGUCCUAUAUCCGGCGUGCAGACGCAUUGCUUUCCCCGCCGUUCACAAAUCCUAUUGCGCUGAACUUCAUCCUCGACGGGAUGUUGUCCGGCUGGGACGUUCCGGAUUGGGAUCCGGUCGAAGCCUCUUUCCGCCUUUCGUCGAACGAGGACGCCGUCCAGCUUUAUUGCAGUGCCAUGAAAGAGAUGGAGUAUGCCGGUUCGACCCGCGGCCAUGGACUUGUUCAUCUCCGACUGGCUUGCAUUGCCGAGUGGAAGGGGCUUCACGAUGGAGAGCGAGGCCGGCCGCCAUCGGGCAACCAAAUCCUUGAGGAAGCUCGGCGCCAUCUCGACCUGGCUCGCCACUGCUACCAGGAUGAUGUGACCAACAGCCAGAUUGUCGCAGUCCAUGGCGUGGUGCUGGAUAUCCUAUCCUGGAAGCACCCAAACGCGCUGCAGUCCGCGCGAAGGAUCGGACAGGACAGUGCCAGCCACGGCAACAUGGUCGUUGCACAGUUUGCUGGCAUCUUCUUGCUACGCCUCGGCCGAUAUUUGCAUCAGGACCUGGCUGCCACCGAGACGGCUGUCAUUUGCUGCCAAUGUGCCCGCGAAUGCUUCGGGGGUGCCGGCGAGACGUUCCUUGAGCUCCAGGCCGUGCUGUCAGAGAUCACAGCUCUAGAACAAAGCUCCGAAAGGGCCGCAAUCUGCUGCACGACAGCCCAAACACUUGUGAAGGCGACUCUCGAGCAGUUCGAGGGGUUCGGCGACCUUGGCAGAAAGCUGCAAGUUCAAAUGCUUUUGCAUGCCAGCAAAGUCAUUCGGGGUGCGCUGCACGCCGACUACAAACGCCUGGAGUCCUGGAACCGCGACUUCCACAAGUACGAGUCGGAUCUGGGCCUCUACAACACGAUGAGAAGCGUCUUGUCGGACUCCUCCACCAGCACGGGAAGCCCCCUCGAGAACGCCGUGCGAAAUGUCCAACAAGCGGACGAACUUCAAGCAAGGUACGCUCAGGUCCAGCAGUGCUACGACAGAGCCUUGGAUCAGUGUGAGGUUGAAGAGGCAGAGAACUAUUGGCGCGAAUUCCUUUGUGAGCUUGAAAACCGAGAGGAACACCUCGCAUGUUUCAUGAGAUUUGUGUCCCUCUGUCACUUGGGCGAGGCUGCCGCAGCCAAGGACAUUCUGGAGUCCCUACUCCCGCCCGCCUACGGGGGACACGGCAAACGGAACGACUGGCAGUAUACUAAGUACACAUGGUCGGGGAGGAAUUCUCGGUUCUUUCAGGAGGGUCUAGAGCAGGACCGGACGGCUGAGAUUGAGUGGACACAAUUCGAGUCCAGCCUGCAGUACGUGAACUUGGCUGCCGACUGGGAACGAGGCAAGCAGGUUCUAGAGGUCGCUGCUCGGCGCCAUAUCCUCCCACUCAAACCCGAUAAGCAAGGCAUCUUGGACUGGCAGAUUGCAAGCAAGGUCGCUGCGAUAUACGAACACACCGGGUCUCAGAUGCGUGCAUUUCAGGAAUACAGCGCGGCGCUGGAUUCUCUGGAGCGAAGGAUCAUUGGACUCUCGGACACUUCUUCUCGUCAGAAUGCCCGUUCGACAAUCCACACGAGCCUGCUAUACGAGGGACUCGCGCGGACCGCCUUGUACUUUUCCCAGCAACAUGAAAGCUCUUCACCGGUGCUCGGCGCUAUUCCUCCCAUUCAAGGAGACGCAGACUGGAAGGCGAAAGCACUUGAAUUCCUGGAGCGAGGCCGAGCAAGGGCACUGUUUGAUCUCAUUGUCGCCCAAAGACAUCUUAGUGAGCUUGACAAGGAUCUUCUUCAGCAAUGGUGCGAGAAGGAGUACGCCCUACGCAAGCUCCUGGAGGCGCAGAAGGGGGUCUUAUCCGCUGACGUCGAUGAGUUCAAGCGAGAAGAGGCCCUCGCCCGUUCUGCGCUCGAGUCCCACGCGCCCGAUAUUUCCAAAGGCAUCAAUCUUGUCCAUCAGAGCGAAACCAGGGACAUUGACGUACGGCGUUUGGCCCUCUCGUACAAUCGAUGCUUGAGGAGCUCGUUGGGGCCGAGGUCAUCGCCAGAAGAACUCGCCACCAUCUCGGCGAAGCUUGCGGACAUUCUGCUCGUGCCCUGCUCGGACAUACUGGAAGGCAAGGACCAUGUCAUCUUUGUCCGUGCCGCGGCUCUGGAGGGUUUCCCGCUUUCCGCCCUCCAGCUGCGCGGGAAGCCUUUGAUGCUCACGCAUGCCGUGUCCGAUACCCCCAGUCUCGCUGUUCUUCAUACGCUCACGCAGACAGCCAAGGACCGCGCCAAGGCGAGCAACAAGAUUAGCAUCAUUGCCGACCCGCAUCGCGACGGGACGCGAGGGGACAUGGCUCUCAUGGUGGGAAUAGGCGCCCUGUCGCUCGCCAGCAGAUACGAGACGGAAGCGCAAAAUCCCCAAAGCGUAUCCAGUGAGGCGUUCCGCUCUCAGUUCCAGGAGUCGCAGAUUGUGCAUAUCAGCACCCACGGCAAGGUGUGCCUGGACGCGCCGUGGCAGUCGUCUCUAGCGCUGCAGGAAGAGUUCAAAGUCGUAGAUCUCCUCCGGCUGCAAUCCAAGGCCUCGCUCAUCGUCUUCGCCGCCUGCGUUUCCGGGCUCGGUCGCACCACAUCUGGCAACGACGUGACCGGCUUCUCGCACGCCGUGUUGCAGUCCGGCGCCAGUGCAUACAUUGGCGCACUGUGGUGGGUAGACGACCUGGCAACCAUGGUGCUCAUCUACGUCUUCCACAAGCAGCUCUGGUCGAAUGGUGACGUCGUCAGUGUCGCAGAGUGCUGGCGUAGGGCGCAGGAGACGCUAUACCGAGCGAAUACCGCCAUAUUCGGUGACCUGCUCCGGGAAGUGCGUGAGUCGAUCGACCAAAAGGCCGCCGAGGCGUUUAAGAUACCGGACGCGAGGGGUCUCCUCGACGACGCCAUCGAAGAUCUGUAUGAUGAGGAUCUCAGCCAUCCUUUCUAUUGGGCCCCGUUCACUAUUGUUGGCUACGCUGGCCAAAGACUCAAUGUGCAGUCGGCGUCGCCAGAGUCCAUUAUAUUUCUCAAUGGUCGUGAAGCGGGCGACAGAGAUUGUGAGAAGGUUAGGUUGACGCCCCCGGGAGGCAGCCGUCGCAACUAA